AUGCACUUCAGCAACAUUCUCGCACACACUGCCCUGUUCGCAGUCAGCGAUUCUGCUUUCCCCAGUCAUAACGAGGUCUUGGAGCUUCAGGCCCCUAUCGAUGGCUUCGAUAUCAUCAUCCCGCAGUGGGAGGUUCAGGCCGCCCCUGGAGGCGAGAAGUUGAUUCUUGCCGGAACGGUCGAGCAGGUUCUCUCAGAGCUCCAGGCCAUCAACCCCAAUUAUGCGCAAGACUUUGGCCUCGACAUUGAGCUCCCUUCACCCGCCGUUCAUAAGCGCAACGACUUUGACGGCGCCGCUUUCGCGUGCAACGUCACUAAGGCUAUGGCUGAUCAGAGGAUCAUCGUCAAGGGUGCCAAGUACCUCAGAGGCGUCAAGGGAAAGCCCCAUCACCCUCCUGGACCUAACACUUGCGCUCGUGUCAGCUGCAGCUGGAAGUCUGCAAUCUGGUGGUGUAAUCAUGCACAAACCCCCCGCGAUCUAGACUCUUUCGGUCUGAUUGCUGACGGUGCCGACCACAUCAUUCAAGGCUGCCAGACCAAUGGCGAGUGGAUCGACGGUCAAACGUGGCACAAGGAUAACUGGAGUGUCAUUGUUGGCCGCGCCAACUGCUAA